UCGUGGCCUGCAGCAGAGUGGCCGUGGUUAGUUAGGCACCUUGCUUUGGGAGGGCGUGUGGACACACCCUAUCCGCCACAGCGUGGGCUCAUUGGGGUGUGCAGGCUCGGGCACAAGGAGUAGUGAGGCACUCGUCACCCCGUGCUUCCCGCGUGGGUCAGCUCUGGCAGCUCCGCCGCUCCUGCGUUUUUCUCGCGAGUGAAGUGCCCUUUGGGGUUCGAAACCUGGGAGGGCCACUGCCGAGACGAAUUCCCUCCUCCCCGCUUUCGCUCUCAGCCUCCAUCUUCCCUUUGCACCACAGAGUCACUCAGCCUUUGAGUGCGCCAGCUCAUUCGUGCCUUGAGGCCGAGUUCCCGGGAGGUAAAGGUAACUGUGGGCAGAGCAGCGCCCCCCAGUGGCCAGAGCGGAGGCGAGGCAAGAUAGAAACGGAUAGGCGUCCGAGUGGAUGGGUGCUACCAAACACAGCUAUGAAGAAAAAGGUACUACUGAUGGGCAAAAGUGGAUCUGGUAAGACCAGCAUGAGGUCUAUUAUCUUUGCAAACUAUAUUGCCAGAGACACACAUCGACUUGGUGCUACAAUACUAGACCGUUUACAUAGUCUUCAAAUUAAUAGCUGUUUGAGCACCUACUCUCUCGUAGACUCUGUUGGAAAUACAAAGACAUUUGACGUAGAACAUUCUCAUGUUCGAUUUCUGGGUAAUCUGGUAUUGAACCUGUGGGACUGUGGUGGACAGGACACCUUCAUGGAAAAUUAUUUUACUAGCCAGCGAGACAACAUCUUUCGAAAUGUGGAAGUUCUGAUUUAUGUCUUUGAUGUGGAGAGCCAUGAACUGGAAAAAGACAUGCACUAUUACCAGUCAUGCCUGGAAGCCAUUCUGCAAAACUCUCCAGAUGCCAAAAUCUUUUGCUUGGUGCACAAAAUGGAUCUAGUACAGGAGGAUCAAAGGGACCUGAUUUUUAGAGAGCGAGAAGAAGAUCUUAGGCGUUUGUCUCGCCCAUUGGAAUGUUCUUGUUUCCGAACAUCUAUCUGGGAUGAAACUCUCUAUAAGGCUUGGUCCAACAUUGUUUAUCAACUGAUUCCCAAUGUUCAGCAGCUGGAAAUGAAGCUAAGGAAUUUUGCUGAAAUUAUUGAGGCUGAUGAAGUGCUUCUAUUUGAAAGAGCUACAUUUCUGGUGAUUUCUCAUUAUCAUUGUAAAGAACAGCGUGAUGCCCACAGAUUUGAGAAAAUCAGCAACAUUAUUAAGCAAUUUAAACUGAGCUGCAGCAAAUUGGCUGCUUCCUUCCAGAGCAUGGAAGUCAGGAACUCUAAUUUUGCUGCUUUCAUUGACAUCUUUACAUCCAACACUUAUGUAAUGGUUGUGAUGUCUGAUCCGUCCAUUCCUUCUGCAGCUACUCUGAUCAAUAUCCGCAAUGCCAGGAAACACUUUGAAAAGCUGGAAAGAGUGGAUGGACCAAAGCAGUGUCUUCUCAUGCGUUAAACAGUGUCAAAUGUUUCUGAAAAAAUUGAAGUACUGUUUCCUAAUCUAAACCUAUUUAUAUGUGUAGGUUCUGAAAUACUGUGAUGUUUAAUGCUUCUGCAUUACUUUCCUAUUUCCCAGUCUUAAUCCAUAACCUUGAAUGCUAUUACUCAAAGUUGGUGUUGCAUAAAGUAGUGACAUGUACAUGUUCUGAUAACAAGGUUCUGUUAAAGUUAAGUGUUCUGAUGAUCUGGUUCUAAUAAUUGUAUAUGCCAAAGCUUUUCCCAUUAUCAUCUUAUAUUCUGUAUCAUAUAGAAACCUAUCUGAUUGGAAUAUUACUGUUUUCUUAGCAUGCAUUAAAAAUAUUACUUAACAUCAAUUGUAAAUAAACCUUUGCUCUUAGGGAUUUCAAUGUCCUUUUUCUUUUCCUUUUGUUCUUCAGCUUUUCUCUAAGAAAGAACAAAUGAAUUAGUUAUCCUAAAAGAGGGACCUGCUGAUUCAAAAAUAGUACAAAAUGAAAUUGGAUGGAAAGAAUAUUGUAGCCUUAAAGCUAGGCAGAAGAGUUUAGGUAUAAAAUGAUAGCAAAUAAAAAGUAAGAAAAAGUCUUUAAGAAGGAAAUUAGGUGAAAAUAAUUUGAAAGAAAAUUGAUCGGGAUUACAUAGACUAACUGAUUCAGUAGAGGACACUGUGCUAGUAGUCAAGACUUGGGUUCAUGAAAGGUCUAUAAGAAGAUGCAACUAAAGAAGAAAUGAAUAAAAAGUUGAGGAACAAUAGAAAGAUUUAUUAGAUGUCUUCUGUUGCUGAGGUUCAGCAUUGAUUUAUAUAUUCCAAAAUACCUUAUGGGUUGGGUUCACUAAGGUACUGCAGUAUUAAAUUCUUUUUUAGGUUUGGAGUCAUAGCUUACUAAUCCUCUAAAUAAAAAUAAAGCAUUGUGAAUAAAGAUAAAUGGACCUUGACAAUUCUAGAAUUAUUCAAAUCAUCAGCUCUAAUUUCCACAGCUAAGCUAACAAAAUACAAUAGUUUUUGGGGAAUAUACACGACUGUAGACACAUUCAUUUUGUAUUGUUUCUAUGUUAUGAAGAAACUUUUUCACACCACCAGAACCUCAUUAUCCUCAGAUUAAAGAUUUUCUGUUUAUUCUUGUAAAUUUGAGCCUGUUUAUUUCUCAUUGCCACAACUGGAGGUAAGAAAAGAACAGGAUUUAGUAUAGUAGAGU